UGUGACCAUGAUGAUGCCCGGGCCAAAGUAUGAGCAGAAACUCGUAACGGAAUCUUGAAGACACGAGUGCUCGGUUGCUACUUCCCUCGAUUGUUGGAAAUUGCAACCGUGGGUAAGAUGUGGGCGCCUUUCCACAAGUUACUCCCCGUCUUUUUGGCUUCGUCGUCCUCUUCCACGACCAAGUCGGCGUCCUGGACACCUCCGAAAACGCCACAAGACUUGACGAAUGCGUUUCGCCAAGUUUACCGAGAAUUAGAACAGCCCGGAAGCAAGUUCGUGUACGCCACGGAAACCUUGCGGUUUUCCUACGUCCAUCCACCGGUGAACGGUACGAAAGCGUGGAACACCGGCGCGUUCCCCGCACCAUCGACGGCCGAAUCCGCGGAUGCGAAACCUUUGGCUAUUUAUAUUCCCGGCUUGGACGGAUACGGAAUUUCGGCUAGUACGCAUCAAUUUGACGACCUUGCCCAGUCGUUCGAGCUUUGGCGCAUGACCAUGAUGCCCAAGGAUCGAUCCAGUUUCGCUGUCGUGGUCAACGCUAUUCACGAUUUUGUGGAAACACAAUUGUCCCCGGACAGCCACGAGGAAAACAUCAAGAACAAACGUCGUGUGAUUUUGAUUGGGGAAAGCUGCGGCGGAGUAUUUGCGUCGGCGGCGGCUUUGAAACUGCAAAGCAAGAGUCGCACGAGUCCUCUGGACGGACUCGUGUUGGUCAAUCCGGCCACGUCGUUUGACCGUACCGCCUGGGAAGUUCUGGUACCCCUUUUGGCCUCGCUCAAGAAUCUGGACCCAGACGAAACAGGAGAGAACGAUGUAGUGACACCGUACGCCGUGAUCGGCAGUCUAAUUCUUUCUGGUCUACUUCCCGACGAAGACCAAACGAAGCGCAUUCGCGAUAAUAUUUUAAACCUCGAAAGCUUGCGGUCCCCGGGGAUCAACCUUGCCACUCUGGCCCAGCUGCAGGAGGCUGCGGCUUCCAGCUUCCGCAUGACGGCGGACUUCUUGCCACCGGAACUUCUGGAACACCGGGUUUCGCGUUGGUUAACGGUAGGCAACGCGGUCAUCCAAUCACGACUGAAGGAUAUAACCGUCCCUACUCUCGUCGUCGUUGGUAGCGACGACAAGCUAAUGCCGUCGGCGUCCGAGGCGGAUCGUUUGCUGAAAAUUUUGCCCAAUAGCGAGAAACUGGUCGUGCGUAAUCGCGGACACUUGGUAUUGGACGAGAAUGUAAAUUUGACGGAAGCCAUUCUGUUCUCGAAGAUUGAUCUGCUGCGUUGGAAUGAAACGAAGAAACCGUACGAUGUGAUCACCGAUUGGAAAUUACCGUCUUUGGAAAAGAUAGAGAAAGCGGUUGAAGAAACGGUAGAUCCCCUACGCCGCUUUCACAGUCCCGUCUAUUUCAGUACCGACGAUAAAGGGAAGCGAUGGAUGGGGCUCUCCAAAGUUCCGAAAGUAGACGGGCCCCUUCUUUUCGUCGGGAACCAUCAGCUUGGCCGUACACCAGGCAUCAUCCGGAGUGUUGACAACAGGUUUGCUUUCGCAAAUGCUGACUUUCAAUCAUUUGGAGCGCUGCCAGUAACGCCCCGAAACUAUUAUCGACUGAUGCAAACAGGGCAAAGUGCGUUACUGUUUCCCGGUGGAGCAGCAGAGGCACAGUCGGGACGAAGAGACUACCCUCUUUUCUGGCCGGAAAAGACCGAUUUUGUACGUACGGCAGCGCGAUUCAAUGCUACCAUAAUUCCUUUUAGCGCUAUUGGAAUGGUAGAUAGUGUCAAUGUGUUGGUGGAAUCGGAGGAUAUAUUCAAACUCCCGUUUAUUGGUGAAAGGGCGAAAGCUCUCUCCCGUAAUGUGACAGCGGCACGGUACGACACGAAAAAGGAAGACGAAGUGCUGCUUCCCCCAAUAGGCCUAUCCAAACAAACGAUCUUGACUACAAAAAUAAACAAGAUUGCGAUCGAGUAUACCGAGAAACGCAGUCCGCAGUGCGUAUAG